GCCAGAGUUGCAGCACCCGCGGUGGCGGCGCGGCGCCGACUCUGCAGCCUCGCGAGCUCCGAGCCCCGAGCCCCGAGCCCCGAGCCCCGAGCCCCGAGCCCCGGCGGGGGCAGCAGCAGGGCGCUCCCCGCCUCCAGUCACCGCUCCUCCGCCCCGCCUAGCCGCGUCGCCGCGCUCGCCCCGGGGCAGCGCCAGCCAUGGCCGCGCCGGAUCCCCAAGACGAGCUGCUGCCGCUGACCUUCCCUGGGUCCCAGUGUUUCGGGGACCGUGGGGAGGGGGAAGAAGAAGCAGUGCUGACGUCCAAGGGGGCUAAGCCGGUGCCGCUGGCCGCGCCAGACCAAGGGAUGGGCGCCGGAGCCCGGGAAGCGGCGCCGCGGGAACUGGGCUCCGGCCCCGCCCGGCCACCGCCCGUUACCAUGGAAACUGCAUCCACAGGUGUAGCAGAUGGCUCCAGUGCUAUGGAUCAGACCUUUUCAUCAGCAGCGAAGGAUGGAGAAGGAACAUGUUACACUUCUCUGAUUUCUGACAUCUGUUACCCACCUCAGGAAGAUUCUUCAUAUUUCACUGGAAUUCUUCAGAAGGAAAAUGGUCAUGUCACUACAUCAGAGAGCCCUGAGGAGUUGAGUACCCAGGUACCCUCCUUACCAGAUGUUCCUGGGAUAGAAUCUCAGGGCUUACUCAGUUCUGAUUCUGGAAUCGAGAUGACUCCAGCAGAGUCUACUGAAGAGAAUAAGAUGUUAGCUGAUCCCUUGGACAAGAUGAAAGCAGAAGCCUAUAAAUACAUUGACAUAACCAGGUCAGAGGAGGUGAAAUAUCAGGAGCUAAGUCACCCCAAGUGGCCAGAGAAAGACUUAGACUUUAAGAAAAAGGACAGUGAUAUUCCAGCAAAGUCUGAAGAGGUUCGUGAACCCGAAAAACCAGCUCCUAUAGAGGGGAAAAUCCUCAAAGACCAUUUAUUUGAAGACUCAACAUUUGCACCUUAUAUUGAUGAUCUCUCAGAAGAACAGCACAGUGCUUCUCUGAUUCACACCCCUGUCAAAAUCACACUGACUGAGAUCGAGCCUGCUGCUGAAACUGCCUCCCAAGGGCAGUUCCCUGAAAAACAAGAUAUCUGUCUGAAACCAAGUCCUGACACAGUCCCUACUGUCACUGUCUCAGAGCCUGAAGAUGACAGCCCAGGAUCCAUCACUCCUCCGUCUUCUGGAACAGAACCAUCUGCUGCUGAAUCCCGGGGGAAAUGCAGCAUCUCUGAGGAUGAGCUGAUCACUGCUAUUAAAGAAGCAAAGGGGCUCUCCUAUGAAACCACAGAGUGUACAAGGCCAGCUGUCCAGGUGACCAAAAAGUCCGAGGCCAAGUUCAGAUCUGGGCUGCCCACCAUCCCCAGUCCCCUGGACCAUGAGGCCAGCAGCGCAGAAUCAGGGGACUCAGAGAUUGAACUGGUGUCGGAGGACCCACUGGCCACAGAGGAUGCACUGCCUUCUAGCUACGCGACCUUUGGCCAUGUGGGCGGCCCGCCACCCUCGCCUGCCUCACCUUCCAUCCAAUACAGCAUCCUGAGGGAGGAGCGUGAGGCCGAGCUGGACAGCGAGCUUAUCAUCGAGUCAUGUGACGCCUCCUCAGCCUCGGAGGAGAGCCCUAAGCGGGAGCAGGACUCACCUCCAAUGAAGCCAGGCACCCUGGAUGCCAUCCGAGAAGAACCCGGUAUCCGAGCAGAGGAGAGUUCUCCUAUCUUACAGGGCCUGGCCACGCAGGAACCCUUCCUCAAGUUCCCAUUGGCUGCCCCCAAAACAGGCUUUGAGAUGUCCUCUGAAGAUGGGUCCCCAGCACCCAAGGAGCCUGAGCUACAGUGGAAACCUGCAGAAGCUGCAAGUGCCAACCCAAGUUCUGUGACCACAAAGGACACUGAGCUUCAAGGUGCUGGCACCAGGCCCCCUCUGCUGUUUAUCAAUAAGCAGAAAGCCAUUGACCUGCUGUACUGGCGGGACAUCAAGCAGACUGGGAUAGUGUUUGGGAGCUGCCUGCUGCUACUCUUCUCCCUGACCCAGUUCAGCGUUGUGAGCGUAGUGGCCUAUCUGGCCCUUGCCGCGUUGUCAGCCACCAUCAGCUUCCGCAUCUACAAGUCUGUUUUACAAGCCGUGCAGAAAACCGAUGAAGGCCACCCUUUCAAGUCCUACUUGGAACUGGAGAUCACCCUUUCUCAGGAGCAGAUUCAGAAGUAUACCGACUGCCUGCAGUUCUACGUGAACAACACUCUCAAAGAGCUGAGGAGGCUCUUCCUCGUCCAGGACCUGGUGGAUUCCUUAAAAUUUGCAGUUCUGAUGUGGCUCCUGACUUAUGUUGGCGCUCUCUUCAAUGGCCUGACUCUGCUGCUCAUGGCUGUGGUUUCAAUGUUUACUCUACCUGUAGUGUAUGUUAAGCACCAGGCACAGAUUGACCAAUAUCUGGGACUUGUGAGGAAUCACAUAAAUGCUGUUGUGGCAAAGAUUCAGGCUAAAAUUCCAGGCGCUAAAAGGCACGCUGAGUAAAUUAACAUCCCACCUAGGAUUGGACACAAACCGGAAUGUCUGCAGUGGUAGCAGCUCUGUUCUUACAUGUUACUGCAAAUUGAUUGUUUUCUCCCCUCCCAGUACCAUAAUCUUAGAGAAAAUCUUUAUAACAGCUGUUUUUAGGCUGUUCCUAUACUCUUAGGAUAUUUGAGUCACUUGUGUCAAACACUAAAGUAUAGAGAAGUGUACUAGAUGUGGUUUUUAAUUUUUGUGUUGCUAAAAAAAAACAAGUGCAUGAUGGUGAGAGCCCAAGUUAUCUUUUCUUCUUCGGUGUUCUUCUGCUCUUCUCUGCUAUGCUUCUGUAGCUUCUAAUGUUCCCUGUGGCUAGGCCUUUCCUGCUGAGUGCACUGAUGCAGUAGUGGCAAUUGCUUAUAUGUCCUGGGGUUGCUGGUUGGAUUAAUCUUUAAUAACAAUAUAUAGAACUGUAGACUAAUGUUUUAGUGUUUUUCCAACACACACACACACAACGUAAAAAUGAAAAGUCAACCGUACUUAUCGUAAUCAGUUUUGUAUAACUUAAAUAGUGAAUAAACCCCAAACAAAUACUCAGUACUUUUGUUGUGUGGGACUGAUGGGCUGAUUUACAUGUAUGGUAACUAAAAAGUGCCAGCAUGUUGACUUUAUUACAAUUUGUAUUAUUUUCUCUGUAGUUCCUAAUGGACUUAAUUAUGGACUCUGGAUAUUUGCACUUAUGUACUUGAUACUGAAUGCCUAAAUAAAUAUUGCUAAAUGUA